ACAAGUUCGGGUGUGUUCACACAGAGAGCUACGAUAAUGGGAAAAGCUGACUCAAGAAGGGGCUAUAGAAGAAACAAGAGUCACGGAACAAGUAGUCACUCUCAAUCUCCAGUACCGCUUGGCAUCUCUCUCUCUCUCUCUCUCUCUCUCUCUCUCUCUCUCUCUCUCUCUCUCUCUCUCUCACUGUCUCCCUUUUCUCUGCGUUCCUUUGUGCAACCUAUCUCUUUCUUCUUCUCCUCCAAAAUUAGCAUAAGAUAUCUCUCUCCCUCUCAACAAGCUUAACAGUGACAUUUGUAUAUCUGGACUCCAUCCAUGGCUGCUCUGGUUCUCUAUCUCCUCACUCUCCUCAUGGCUGGUCAUUCUAGUGCCUCAUGGUGUGUGUGCAAAACAGGGCUGAGUGACUCAGUGCUACAGAGGACGUUAGACUAUGCCUGUGGAAAUGGAGCUGAUUGUAACCCAACUCACCCAAAAGGGUCUUGCUUCAAUCCUGACAAUGUUAGAGCUCAUUGUAACUAUGCUGUCAAUAGCUUCUUUCAAAAGAAAGGUCAGGCUUCCGAGUCUUGUAAUUUCACCGGUACUGCUACUCUCACCACCACUGAUCCCAGCUAUACAGGAUGUGCAUUCCCUUCAAGUGCUAGUGGUUCUAGUGGAAGCAGCAGCAGCACUGUGACGCCAGGCAAAAACAGUCCAAAAGGAAGCAGCAGCAGCAGCAGCACUGUGACGCCAGGCAAAAACAGUCCAAAAGGAAGCAGCAGCAGCAGCAUCAACACAUUUCCCGGUGGAAAUUCAAACAGUCCAUACACUGGCACACCAACUACCGGAUUAUUAGGAGGCAAUGUCACUGAUGCUACUGGAACCGGGUUUAACCCGGAUUACUCAACCGAAAGCUCCAGUUUCACGCUCCAUAACUCUUACAGCCUUCUCUUUACCAGCUUGUGGUCUGUCGUCUUGAUGAUGCUCUGAAGAAGAAUCGCUGUUGUUUUCUUCUUUUCAGCCAAAAAAAUUAUGUUAUUUAUGUUACUGUUUUGUUGUAUUAGAGAUGAUUAUAAUCCGGACUUCGGUUGGUUUUUUUUAUUUUCCGGUUUGAGAAAACGGUUCUAAAUGUUCUACUAUAGAUGGUUUGGUAUGAAUU